CAGUGAAUCAGUUCAGCGGAGAGCGAGGAAGGUGUGCACGUCCUCCAUCGAGAACAUACGCAUUGCCUUUGCACCGUCCGUUCAGAUUGCAAGGGGAAUCAGCCGAUUUGCAAGGGUGUGAGUUGCCAACCUAGCUACACAGGCUGUCCGAAGAUCCAUCGGGAACCUCUCAUUUCUUUUUGAGGAGUUAUAGUUGCACCCCAAGAUAACCAGCUAGGUUGACAGCUAGCGAGGCUUUGCACGAUGGGUUCAUUCCCGGCGAUAGCAGUCCUCAUUCUGGGGAUCGCGGUUACACCUCUAUCAUGCUAUAUUAUUGAGGCCUUGGCGGCCAACUCUGGCACCGGUUUCGCCGUGGCAGAGCCACAGGUGGCCAUGUUCUGCGGGAAGCUCAACAUGCACGUCAACAUCCGCACCGGCCGCUGGGAGCCCGACCCCUCUGGAGCCAAGAGCUGCGUGGGAACCAAGGAGGCUUUGCUUCAGUACUGCCAGGAGAUAUACGCUGAGCUGCAGAUCACAAACGUGGUGGAAGCCAACCAGCCGGUCAAGAUCGAGAACUGGUGCAAAAAGGACAAGAAGCAGUGCAAGGGACACGCCCACAUUGUGGUUCCUUACAAGUGUCUGGUGGGCGAGUUCGUGAGUGACGUGCUGCUGGUUCCGGAGAAGUGCAAGUUCUUCCACAAGGAGCGCAAGGGCAGCUGUGACAGCCACCAGCAGUGGCAUGGAGUGGCCAAGGAGGCCUGUGCCAAAGGCAGCAUGGUGCUGCACAGUUACGGAAUGCUGCUGCCGUGCGGCGUGGACCGUUUCCAUGGCACCGAGUACGUGUGCUGCCCCCCGUCCCGCCUGGACGAGCCCGAGCCCCGGCCCCAGCCCUCCCAGGAGGAGGAGGACCAGGACGAAGAGGAGGACCAGGAGCAGGAAGUGACCGACCUGGACCAAGACGAGGAAGAGGAGGAUGAGACGGUGGAGGAGAUAGAGCCCCCCGUCGAGAACCUGCCCACCCCAAAACCCGACACCAUAGACGAGCAGCAGGAGGAGGAGGAUGAGGAGGAGGAAGACGUGGACUACGAGGAGUACGAGUUCGAGGACAGAGACAUGGUGGAGCAGGAUGACGACGAUGAUGACGACGACGAUGAGGAAGAGGAGAAGACCAAGAGCCGUGCCCAGGACAUGCCCGAGGAGGACAGGACCCUGCAGGAAGUCACAGCGGUGUGCUCUCUGCCGGCCGAGACGGGGCCCUGCCGCGCCUCCAUGCCGCGCUGGCACUUCCACACCAGCCAGAGGAGGUGCGUGCGCUUCCUGUACGGGGGCUGCGCCGGCAACCGCAACAAUUUCGACUCGGAGGAGUACUGCACGGCCGUGUGCCGGCGUCUGAUCCCGCCCACGCCCCAGCCCACGGACGACGUGGACGUGUACUUCGAGACGCCCGUGGACGACAAGGAGCACAGCCGCUUCCAGAGAGCCAAGGAGCAGCUGGAGACCCGGCACCGCAACCGCAUGGAGAGGGUGAGGAAGGAGUGGGAGGAGGCUGAGAGACAGGCUAAGAACCUGCCCAAGACCGAGAGGCAGACACUCAUCCAGCACUUCCAGGCCAUGGUGGAGUCCCUGGAGGAGGAGGCCGCCAGCGAGAAGCAGCAGUUGGUGGAGACGCACCUGGAGCGGGUGGAGGCCAUGCUGAACGACCGGCGCCGCUUCGCCCUGGAGAACUACCUGGCGGCCCUGCAGGCCGAUCCCCCCAGGCCCCACCGCAUCCUGCAGGCUCUCAGGCGAUACGUCAGAGCAGAGAACAAGGACCGGCAGCACACCAUCCGCCAUUACCAGCACGUUCUGGCCGUCGACCCAGAGAAGGCCGCCCAGAUGAAGUCCCAGGUGAUGACCCACCUGCACGUGAUCGAGGAGAGGAUGAACCAGAGCCUGUCACUGCUGUACAAAGUGCCCUACGUCGCUGAGGAGAUCCAGGACGAGAUCGACGAGCUCCUGCAGGAGCAGAAAGCCGACAUGGACCAGUUCCUGUCCUCCAUCUCGGAGUCGUACCCCGAUGUCACCGUGUCCUCCGAAGAGAUGGUGGACUUCCCCGUCUCGGAGGGGAAGCUCCACCGCCCCUUCCAGGUCACCUCACUGGGGUCCCACCAGGACCCGGAGGGCGUUCUGCCCGAUUCCCUGCGCUCCGUCAAAAAAGGGUCCGGUCUGGACGGGCUGAUUGGCGUUGAGGAGAGAGUGAUCAACAGCAAGGCCAAGAUCAACAACAACAACGCGGUGGUUGAUGAGUCUCUGGAUGUUAAAGAGGUGAUUUUCAGUGCAGAGAGAGUCAGCCGUUUGCAUGAUGAUGAUGAUGAGCUGGAGUCCUACCGGCCCUUAGGGGAUGAGUUCAGCUUCGGGAGCAGCGCUCUGAUUGGUCUGCUGGUGGUGGCGGUGGCCAUAGCGACCGUGAUCGUCAUCAGCCUGGUGAUGCUGAGGAAGAGGCAGUACGGAACCAUCAGCCAUGGCAUUGUGGAGGUUGAUCCCAUGCUGAGCCCAGAGGAGCGGCACCUGAGUAAGAUGCAGAAUCACGGCUACGAGAACCCCACCUACAAGUACCUGGAGCAGAUGCAGAUCUAGCCCGGGAGAGGAAGGUCGGAUUUUCGGAGAGUGGAAGACCAGGUGGAAUAUACUACUGACCAAUAACAGAACCGCUCACAGCAAGAGAUCAUCUUCCUGCCUGAGAAAUGCAAAAAAUUUGGCUCAUUAAAAAAAGAAAAGUAAAAAAAAUAUUAAAAUCAAUCCUUGAAUAAUGCUAUUACUUCUACUGUUGUACUGUAGGACUGUGUCUUCUCCCUUUUUCUCUUAAAAGGGCAAUCUAAUGAUAAUUGUGUUUUUUAAAUAAAAAUAUUCACGUGGAACGUGUGAUUUAACGGAUUGUACAACAGUAGUUUUCAGAUCGAGAUUACAUUAGUUCUUCAGUCGGGAGAGCUGGUUUGAAAAACACUAGGUUAACCAAGUGAGAGAACCAUUUGGAAUGAUUAUGUGUAAUUAAUUAACGAUCACAUGACAUGCAGCUUCUCAGUUCCAUCUUAGACCUGUCCAUGGAAAUGACAACCUAUAUUUUGAAAAGAUGUUAAAUUUCUUUUUUCCUUUUUAAUAGAUUGCUUGUAUAUGAAGGUUCUUUGUACUGAUUUUAACGUAUAGUAAAAAAAAAAAAAAAACAACAAAAAAAGAAAAAUAAAAUGUUUUUUUUUCUGUUCUUUGCUACCAUUAGCUAGGAACUAAACAUGUAUCUAAAACUUAAGUGUUUUUAGUCAAAAAUGUUUUUAUUUGCCCCCCCCCCCCCCCCUUCAACAAAUCCGAUUACUGUGUUGCCUACUAUCACCCCUGUCUCUCUGUGAGGAUGCGGUGAUGGUUGGAGGGAGGGAACGGACGACUGGUGCUGUGUUUGCGUGCUGUUCUGGCCUCCAGCCCCAUAGCUCAAGCACAGGCAAAUGACACCCUUGCAUUUUAAAACAAGAGCUUUGCAUUUGCUUUUUUUUAAGCUCCAUAAACUCCGCGGGACAAACACUCCGCUCCCCUGUUCCCCGCGGCGUCAGAGUGACGCUUCCCAUUCCCCUUUAGCGAUUUCUUUUUCCGCGUAUGUUCAAUCUAAACUGAUUUUAUUUGUUUAAGACGCUGGCUGAUGAGUCUUGGAUGGAGGGUUCUACACAGGCCCAUUGGGGGAGGGCGGUACAAAGUAAUACUGCCGAUGAUUUGCACAAAACCCUUUGUUAGCUACUGGGUGAAAAUACAUUUUAUUUAGACUAAAAUCGUGUAAAAGUACACAAUGCAGACCUUUUGUUCACCUAGUCUGGGUGUUGCCAUGCAGACAGCUCUAGACAAAAUGGCUGCUGGAAAAGUCACCCAAAGAACCACUGGGAGCUGGGGGCCCGGUUAAGACAGGCGAGGGCCGUGUUUUGGUACUGUGACCACAACAUGACCAUAAAGUGCGUUUCAGCUGAUUUUAUGGUGCGUUCAUUGUCCCCCAUAUGAUGUCAUCCGCAUGUUCCUCUUACAACCUCUUACCUUCGCUGUGGUCAGAGAUAAACGCGGCCCCAAGCCUGUCGAACUGGUUUAAAAUGAAAGGUGAAUUUGAUCAAAUUCUCCUUAUAAAAGAUGAAAAGAUACAGAGAGCUGAAUCCGUUUUAUUUUCUCAUAGUAAUAUCUUUGUAUGCCUGUAUAGUUGAUGUCGCGAUCAUGGCUUUCAUGGAGGACAACCUGUGGUGUGAAUUGUUCUUAUGAUAUAUAUUAUAUAUUUUUAAGUUUUUUUUUUUUAGUUUUGUUUUUUUUCUACAUUUCUUUUCUCUUAAUGUGUUGGUAACUCCUAUGUAUGUGGCUGUCUCACUAUGCACCGAUAUGGCUUCAAAUCUUGUAACAGCCUGCUUGAUUGCAGGGUGAGUAAGAAUGAAUUUAAAUAUAUAUAUAAAUCUAAACCUAAGCUACAUGAUGAUGAUGAUGAUGAUGAUAAUUAUGUGGGGGAACACAUCAAUAAACUCACUACUACUUCCAUA